UCUCUAAUAUACAUUUCAGACCAGCUGUUCCCAACCAUGUAACGGGCCAACCGCAUUCCUCGCCGCCCGCUGCUUCACUCCGUGUGGGGGCAGCCAGCCACCGCGCUCCGCCCGUCUGCCCCUCCGGCGAAUCUCCCUCUCCUGCCGCCGGAUCUCUCUCCUCCCACUACGGUUGGUUCAGAUUCCGUGGUGGAAGAACUGCAGAUGAGUUGGGAGAGCAGACAGCAGAAUCGGGGCUUUUAAAGCUGGAGGUGGCCAGACAUCCCAGAAUUGGCCACACACUCCAGGCAAAAUAUAGGCACAAGCCACAUAUGCAUGGCCAAGUAGUUACAUCCAUCUCCUUUCGUUCUGUUGUCUGAUGCAGGCAUUCAGUUAUUAACCAGUGACCAUUAACAGAUUGUAAGGAUGAGUGCUGGUGAAAGCAGCAGAGCUCAUGUAGUAGACAUAGAUGAGUUGGCGUGUUCCAUGAGAAGGAAACUAAACUAUUACUGUUCGCCAGGUGAGACCCAUGCCACGGGAGCAUCAUUAUGCACGAUUUACAAAGUCCCAGAACACAUUCGUGAAGCGGAAAGGCAUGCUUAUGAACCGAUUGUCCUGUCAAUUGGUCCAUAUCACUAUGGUACUCCAGAGCUACAAGCCAUGGAAAAGAAAAAGUGGAGCUGUCUAGACUAUGUCCUUAAGUUGAACCCUGAAAAAGAUUUGCUCGAUUACCUAAAUGCUAUUGCAAUACUAGAGAAUCAGGUGAGAAACUGUUACACAGAUGAAGUUAAAAUGGAAAAGAAGUUAUUUCUACAGAUGCUCUUGCUUGACGGAUGCUUCAUACUAGUUUCUCUUUACGGGACAGAAGGAUUCGUACCGCCCUCACAAGAAGUCCCGGUCAUGAGUGCUAACUGUCAGGAUAUAACGGAGGAAGAUGGAAUAGAUAAGGGAAUAAAUAUGGGGCACACGAAGAACAGACAAUCAAUGAAGGAGAACUCGAUGCUUGAGGUGGAAUCAAGCAAGGCCUCUUCUAGCAAAGAAAGCACCCGAGAUUGUAAAUUGAAGUGCAAAGAACGUGUGCAAUCGAAGGACAACUCUGUAAAGAUUGGACGGUGGUAUACUAGUUUUGUUGCACAUGACCUACUCCUCUUGGAGAAUCAAAUUCCUUUCUACAUUGUCAAGAGAAUAUAUAACUUUGUUGCGGGUAGAGAAGUGACAUUUCCGUCACUCACAGACAAAAUUGCUAAAGUUAUUGAAGGUAUGUUGUGCUACUAUCCCAAAGCAAUUCGAGAAUCUGACAGGCCAAAAGAUUUUCACCACUUGCUUCACUUAUGUCAUAUGUACUUCAGACCUAGUCAGAAACAAGAGGAAGAUCGUCGAUUUCCACAAAGGAACCAUUAUUUUCACCAUUUUCUUCAAUUUGGGCGCAAAUAUCUUAAACUCGGUCAUCAGCUGGGAGAUAACAAGCAAAACAUACCACUUAAAGCGCACUUGGAGUGUUUUCAGGUUGAUCAGCAACGGUGGCACCGAGCAGUGCAAUACUUUGAUGCCGGAGUGGAAUUCAAGAAAAAAGAGUUUACAGUACAUAAUCCUCACUCUCUGUUGGAUAUAAAAUUCAGCAAAGGUAUAAUGGAAAUACCUUGUUUGUCAGUUGAUGAGCACACGAGUUGUCUUUUCAGGAAUUUUAUUGCACUCGAGCAGACAUGUCCUCAAUUUGGGAAUGACAUUACUGCCUAUAUAGUUUUCAUGUCUCAGCUUCUCAGCAUGCCUGAUGAUGUCACGUUGAUUGCUCGGCAAGGAAUCAUCGUGCACCACAUGCGUACUGACAAAGAGGUAGCAAUUCUGUUUACCAAACUCAGUAAAGAUGUGAUCUUCGACUUUAGUGGCAACUACUUUCUGAAAUCAAUUCAUGAGGAAAUGGAAGCGUACUACCAGAGUCGUCUGAAUAGGUGGAUGGCAUGGUUGAUGCACAACCACUUUAGCAACCCUUGGUUGGGCUUAGCAGCAUUAGCUGCAGCCAUCAUGCUUUUAUGCACUAUCGUGCAGACACUGGUUACUGUAUUAUUGUACAUGAAACAACAAGAAGAUAAUUCCAGUACUCCGCACUAGCAAUUUCAAACCGUCGCUACCACCAUUGGCACAGAUCCUCUCUCACUGGAGGCACUUCAUCACAUUGGUCACGCUUGCGGCUGGAGCAUCCCCGCCGACAUCAUUUUGGAGAUGAUGACAGUAGCAGCACGUCAGGACAAUGUGCGGUAGACUCAGACUUGCAGCUACUUCUCUGCCAUAGUGACUUUGAUAGCCCCUUAGAUGAGUUGUCGUCAUGUCGCCUGCAUCAUCGACUGGGUCGUUUUUUGUUUGAUUAGUAUUCUAAUUUUUGAGGAAUGAAUGAACAUGUAGAGGUAUACCUUUUCCCUGAUAUGAUAGAUAUGCCUUCUUGGAUAGCAGAGCUAAUUGUAACAUUCUUUUGAUGUUUCUCUUUGUACAAUUUCUUUUUAAGAAUAUCUAUAGGGAAUCACCCUA